UUGACAAAGAAUCUGAGACAUAUUAAUUUGGAGAUACGAAAGACCGAUAAGAAUACCAUAAAGUUGAUUGUCUGGCAUGGACGUAGAAAGCAUGUUGCGUGUUUGAGAACUGUGAAAAGUCAUAUCGAGAACAUGAUAACCGGAGUUACCAAGGGCUUUGAAUACAAAAUGCGUUAUGUAUAUGCCCAUUUCCCCAUCAAUGUAAACAUUGAGGACGGAGAGGUUCACAUCCGUAACUUUUUGGGGGAGAAAUACAUCCGGAAAGUAAAGAUGUUGGACGGUGUGAAUAUCGAGAUCUCUGCCAAAAACAAGGAUGAAUUGACCUUGAGCGGAAAUGACUUGGAAAACGUAUCCCAAUCAGCUGCCAACAUCCAACAAUCAACUUCUGUGAAGAACAAGGAUAUCCGUAAAUUUCUUGACGGUAUUUAUGUGAGCGAGCGUGGUCAACUUG